AUGAAAUUCAAGGAGCUGCUUUUUACACCCGUAACCAUAUUCCUAGCAUUCACCGUGUCCAGCAUGCUUUUUUUUGGUCCAUAUUUGCAACCUCUGAUAUCUUUUUUCAAGUCCACGCUCGAAAUGUACGAUGACAAAACACUUUGUUUCCACAUCAUGGCGCUCGGCAACUUCAUGACAAUAGUUUCGGUGUUUAUCAUCAGCCGAAUCUCAAGGAUCCUAGAAGUUGAGAAGCUGCAGCGCAGGAUACGCAAAUCAGCACUGAAUUUGGUGCCGCUGCUGUUCCUCACGUUUUCAAACGUGCUAUGUGCUUAUAUAUUUAAGGUUGGUGAGGAGGUGAUGCUCAAGGUGGUGAUAUGUUUGGCAGUUACGCACAUACUUUAUUUCUACUUUGCCAUAAUUUCCUCAUCCAUUCUUACCUUGUAUGUUGAAAGUUUGAUAUUCUGCUUCAACAUGCUUCUUCUGGUUGCCACGUUCCACAAGGAUAUGAGAGGUUCAGUGCUGUACGGCAACAUAUUUUCACGAUUCUUUGAGAAUCUGAUGCUUUAGUAAAGAUGUUUCAUCCA